ACAUCAGUCAUUAGUCAACAAUAAUAAAGAUGGUGGACAAGACAGGCAGGCAAUCGGCCGUAUCGUGAUCGUGUUUGGAAAAUUUAUUUUGAAAGUAAAAGGACCGAAGUUAAUUAUGUAGGGUGAUGGACAUUAUAUGAUUAGAAAAGGAAGCUAAAGAGCCGGUGAUCACAAUGUCUGAGCCAAACUUGUCGUCCAUACCACUGCCUUCUGGAGAUGAUGCCCCACAAAAAUCUCUUUCAUCAGCGAAAAAGAGUGCUAAAGAAAUGCUGAAGGAAGCCUUGAAAGAUCAUACUGGUGUCCAAAGAAAAGACUCGAUUCAGACUAUGCGGAAAACGUCAGCUGUUGAGGCUGCCCGACAAGAGACUACGUCUUCUCAAAAUAUUGUAGACAAGCUGUUUAACGAUUUCAUCACUCGGAAAAUGAGCCCUGCGUCCGUCUGUUCCAGCAGCAGCAUUGCUGUGGAGAGAGGAAAAGAUUCUGUAAACGUCGGUAGCAUGACUUCUGUUGAUGAAAUCAGUCAACUUCUUGACUUGGAAAUCAAGUCCAUUCAGUCAAACUCGGGCUCAGCGAAUGUGGCAAGCAGAAAGCUUGAAGAAAAACAAGAUAAUCCUGAAACAUCUGCCUCAGCCAAGACGAUUGCUCAUGAAGUAAAUCAGAGUAGUAAAAUUCCUAACCCCAAAUCUUCACAGAGUUCUGGGGAUCAAGUUAAUAGUCAAAAGCUCGUAUCAGUAAAUGAUGUAAGGUCAGGGUCAGAUAAUCCUAAAGGAAGCUCAAGCUCCAAUAGUACAGGGGAGACUUCCGACGCUGUUGUUGCUCCGCAAACUGUUCUCCCGUCCUGUCACGUCGAGGAAAAGAAGGAGAAAACGCAGCCAGUGUCAGAGUCCAAGAGACUAGAAACUCCAACAGCAGACCAGGGGGAUAAGUCCUGUGGGAAGUCGCUGUCUAUGCUUCCCUUACCGUUGGCCAAGAAAGCCGCUAAGCCAAAGCUGCUGGACCUCAAGUUGAGCCAGCAGAGUCUCUCUCUCCUAAAGGAAAAGGAAACAGCAAGCAGUGAAAGCAAACAAUGGGAGGAAGGUGAAGUUGUAUCAUCCAACAGCGAGGACUCCGACAGAAACGACACCAACUCAGACGGUGACGGCGAGCUCCCGUCUGACGCCGGCUCCGUCAACUCAAGUACGGAAGAAAAGAAAGCACAUUCGUCCAAGCAUAAAAAGAAGCAUAAACACAAGAAGAAGAAGAAGAAAAAGUCUACGAAAAGCAAAGAAAGAAGCAGAGGAGAAAGGAGAUUGGACAAAAGUAGAGAUUCUGCGGAAAAGUCGAGCCGGCUGUCAAGUAGUGAAGUGACCGGCACUGUUUUCAGUGAUUCUUUAUCUGACAAGGAAUCUAAAGAUACACGAGAAAGUGGAGAGAGAAAGAGAAAAAGGAAGAGCAGCUCAGAGGUGGGCAAGGAGGGCAACAAAAGUGACAGUUGUAGAAGCCACGAAGACAGGCAAAAGGAGACGACGCCCCAGAAACAGCGCACUGAUGGGAAGCGUACUCUUUCCAGGGAUGAGUUUGAGGAUGAGAAGAAAAAAGAGAAAAAAAGACGAAAAAAGUCAAGAUCAAGGUCGAGAUCACCAAAGCGAUCGAAGCACAGCUCAUCACGUUCAAAGUCUUCGUCCAAAACAAGUGGAACACGGAAUGACGACUAUGACCAAUGGGACGCGUACAAAUACAAGGAGGACUCUCGCAAGUGGAAAACUGGUCACAGCGACAGAACCAAGGACGGUCAGCGAGGUAGAGAGGACAGGGACCGGGACCUGAGGGUGCGCAUUGACAAGGCCAAACUCAGGAAAAUUGCAAUAGCAAAUGCCCUUCAGAAUAUGAAAACUGGACAUGGUCCUGAAAUUAGCAUUUCGACUCGGGCAGGUGGAAAAUCAGUAGAGGAACUCACUGAUUUUUGCAAGAAAAUUUCUGAGAAAGAGAAAAACAAGAACGACAGUGAUAUCAGUGAGAGUGAUGAGGAAGAGGCGGAGGAGAACGAAGACGAUUCUCUCAUCCAUCAUCCAUUUAAACUGAAAGACAAUUCCUCCAACAUAGUGCUCAAUAUUCGGAAUGCCCGACAGUUGCCCGUGCUGACCCCCUCGGAGAAACAAGCUCAGCAGGCGGCGCUGCGUCUGACCUUCCCCGUGUCCAGCGGCUCCCACCACCGAGCCACCGAGUCCGAGUGGGUGCCGGUCCAGCCCAAGGCUGCCCCCAGCGAGACUGUGGCCCCUGCCACCCCUUCCAAGAACACGGCCACAGUGGACAAGCCUGUCGUGGAACCUCCAAAGUCCGAGCCCAGCAUUUUUCCAACUGCAGAAUCGAAAAUCGACAUUGGCUCCAUUAUAUCGGAGAGACUUCAAGCUGUGAGGAAGUUACAGGAAAAUCCUUUUGAUGUCCAGGCCCUGUCCAAGAUGCAUCAGGUCCAGGAACAGGCCAACAAGUGGGCAUCCUCCCAACACCUGCCGGGCCAGUUCCUGGGCAGCACGGGGGCACAGGUGCUCUCCCAGGAGCAGUUGCUUGGAGACAGACGGCACCAGGCCUGGGCCAAGAAGAGUCAGUUCUUGCAAGCCGCGCCCGUCAACGGCGGCAUCGGGAUGUUCUUGCUGCAGAAGAUGGGCUGGAAGCUAGGAGAAGGUUUGGGCAAGAACAACGAAGGCAACAAGGAGCCUCUUAUGUUGGAUAUCAAAAUAGACCGCAAAGGCCUGCAAGCUUCGACGGAGACUCAGAAAGGCAGGAACUGUCAGCCACAACAACCCAGAGCCAAGGAUCUUUCCAACAAACACCCAGUCUCUGCCUUGAUGGAGCUUUGUAACAAGAGGAGGUGGGGACCGCCGGCAUUUACCGUUGUCAGUGAGAGUGGGCCGGAUCACAAAAAGAAUUUUCUCUUUAAGGUGA